AUGAGAGCUCGAACAGUUGGAAUGAGCUCGAAGCAACCGGAUAAAAGCAAGCGAUGUCGGAAGUGCACUGCUCAUGGCAAAAUAAGUCUGUUACGAGGUUUAUCAGGAAUGCACAGUGAAGAUUGUGAGUUCGCCAGCUGUCAAUGUGUCGAGUGCUCCUAUAUCGACUGGUUUAACGAGCGCGCAAGAAUCCUGCAAAAAGCGCGCAGGUUAAAGAAAGCAAGAUCAAAGAAAAAAGGCAAACAUGUGAAUAAGCCAGCAUUUCAAAUCCCUGUGUUAUCAAUGUGGAACUCAUUCCAUAACCUUCCACACAACCUCCCAGCCACUGCAAGUUACUCUGGAAUGCAUCCUGCUCAACUUGAUUACCAUGGUAAUAACCUUAGUGACAGUUGUUGCUAUGGUAGCACAGAAGGUAAAGCUAUGCCAGAACUGCACCUGAUGGGAGGCCAGCCAGAGAAUAAUACAAUCUGCCCACCAGAAAAGAUGAAACAGACUGAACCUGUCUGUCCUACUCUGUUGCUAACAGAUGAUCUCCUUUCAAAAGUUCCCUACGUUCGAUGUGCUUGUGCGGACUGUAUGAAAACAGUUCUUGCAGAAAAUGCAUCCAACCUGGUAAGCUGUGAAAGACUUAGGCAUUUCCCAACAGAGAAUGAGUCUUUUGUUAAAAUGGAAUCAGAAAUAUAGGAAGGAUUAGAAAGUUGCUUUAAUAUGAAGUUGAUAUAAAUUUGAACAAGCCUUGAAUCAUGUUAUGUUGAAAUAUGUUAAUCAACAUUUAUGCACUUACUACAGAAAAUAUGACAAGAAAAAAAAUGUAAAUAUUAAUUAUUUUUUCGCACUUCAAAUUCAUUCUAGGCUUGUACUAAAGUUGUAAAGAAAGACCUUUGCUAUUUUCAAGUGAGAGAGUUCAAAGAAUCUGUUUGUUUUAAUUGAACUGAUGCUUUAGAGUUAUAAAUUACCUUGUUUAUAUCUAGUUUAGACAAAAAUAUUGAUUUAUUUUGGAGAAAUGUUAAUAAUAAAAAAAACAAGUUAAAUGUGAAA